AUGUGCGGGAUUCUAUUGCAUUAUUGUCCUAAUAAUAACCGGUUGGAGAAUGAGUUAAUUGAAUUCCCAGAGGGCACUGAAUUUGGCGACACCACGUGUAUCAAUGAAUCGUCGAUUUUCAAUAAAAUCAUCCCGUACAUAGCUGCAAGAGGUCCAAACUACUCUUCUCUUCGAGUUUCCAAAGCUCAUCAAACAAGUUGGUUUUCUUCUGUUUUGUCUUUAAGGCAGCCUUUCACCAAGCAGAGCAUUAACGUGGAUGACAGAUAUUACCUACAAUUUAACGGUGAGCUAUACAAUAAAGAGAUAUCCCACUGGGGUAACGAUAGUCUAUAUAUUGCUUCUUUGUUGCAGGAUUUGAAAGAGGGCAUGAGCAUUAUUGACGUUAUACAAUCACUGGAAGGCGAAUAUGCUUACACUGUAUAUGACGUGAAGUCAUCCAAAUUUUAUUUCGGCAGAGAUCCCAUCGGCAGACGAAGUUUGUCCUACUCGAUCACCUCAGACAACGAAUUAUAUAUCGCCAGUGCAACAGGGGCUGUUGAAUGCUUCCAAGAUUGUAUAGGUGGAGUUGUUUAUGAAUACGAUACACGAACUAAGUUGUUGAAUAACAAUCAGAGGUCACAUCCUCCAUACGAAGUGACAUCAGAAAUAGAUCCGGACUUCAAGUCACUGUCAAAGGUGUCUAAAAAUUUAUAUUCUGUGCUACUUGAAUCUGUAAAAAAAAGAGUAGAGUCAAUACAUCCCACACAUAUUGAAAACUCUCCUAUUGCAGUACUAUUUUCAGGAGGAAUCGACUGUUCAGCAAUAGCAGUGUUGGUGUGCGAGGUAUUGCAAGAAAAUGAUUAUGAAUGUGGGAAACCAAUUAUGGAGCUUUUAAAUGUAUCCUUCGAAAAUCCCAGGACUGGCCUUUUGCCUAGUGAUACACCUGACAGAAAAUUGUCCAUUAACAGUGCAAAGAUUUUACAAAAUUUAUAUCCGGAGAUUGAUAUCAAACUGGUUGAAGUUGAUGUUCCUUAUGAAGAAUAUUUAAAAUGGAAGCCAUCUGUCAUCGAUUUAAUGUAUCCUAAACAAACAGAAAUGGACUUAUCCAUUGCCAUCGCCUUUUUUUUUGCGUCAAGAGGUAAAGGUUUCCUAACUUCACAAUAUGGUGAAAGAACCCCAUAUCAGCGCCACGGGAUAGUAUUAUUUAGUGGACUGGGAGCAGAUGAGCUCUACGGUGGGUAUCACAAAUUUGCCAAUAAGGCGCCUCAUGAACUUGUGGAGGAGCUAACAAGGCAAAUAAACAAUAUUUAUGAUCGCAACCUGAAUCGUGAUGAUAAGGUGAUAGCUUAUAAUGGCGUGGAGGUGAGAUACCCAUUUUUGGAUGAACAUGUUAUAAAGUUUUCCACGGUAGAAAUUCCCAUUAAUUUCAAGGUUAACAAACUAAUUCUUCGAAAAGUGGCCUUGCAGUAUUUGAAAUUGGAUGGAAUAUCAGCAGAACCAAAGAGAGCUAUUCAAUUUGGUGCCAAGAGCGCUAAAAUGACGAAGGAUGGUAAUAAACAUGGAACAGAUCUAUUGAAAAGGAAUGGGCAUUGUUCAUAA